AUGAGGUUGAAGAAUAGGUGCUUAAAGAAAGAGUGGAAGAAAGAUCCAAUUGAUUAUGAGCAAUUAGACAAGAUUGAUUUUUGGAUUGUGGAAGAAGAUCCACCUGCAGAUAUAGACUAUGAGGAGAUUGAAAGAGCUCUUUAUGAGGAGAUGGAAGAUGAAUCCUCCUCCUCCUCCUCCUCCUCCUCCUCCUCCUCCUCAAGAAAGCGAUCUCGUGUUGAAGAGGACUUUGAUGAUGAUGUGACUGAUGAAAUUGAUUUCGACAUUUCUCAAAUUGUUGAAGCAAUGGACAUGGAGAUGGAUGCUUUUAUCUUUGAAGACGUUUGA